AUGGUUUGCGUGCUUGGCCCCGUCGGUGGUGGUUUUGACUUGGUCGAGGGACUGGGCUGUGCCGUCUACGCCGCGCUGGACGUCUACGACGUCACGGACUACGUCUACGACGGCUGCGAAGCAGAAAAACACCGCAUCCUCAGUCGCGACCUGAAGCAAAUGAUUGAAUUCCUCUUAUCGGCCGUUUCGCCGACCAUGGAUAAACGAAAGAGAUAUGCGGUCGAAAAAAUUAUUGGCAUUGGAAAAAGUCAAUUCGGGGAUACAUGGUAUUUAGUAAAGUGGGAGGAUUACAGAAAAACAACCUGGGUAUAUGAUGGUGAUUGCGAUGGCUGUCCCAAUCGCAUCAGAGAGUUUUUGGAAGGGUUUAAAGGGAAACCCGUGCCACUUAGGCUAACCAAACCAUUUUCCGUGGAGCAGAGACAGAUAGUGGAGGAAAGGAGAAGACGUGAAAUGGGACUGGGAAAACAGGGACUGGAAGAAGAUACCCCUGAAGUAGCAGAUAGAGGAGACGAAAGGCAACGAAAUAGAUCACCGAAUCCAGCCAAUGUAAAUGAAUUUACAGAAGAUGAGCCCGAAUGUGAUGGAAGUUUGGUCGUGCUCGACUGGUAUAAUUCAGAUCUCAACUUAACCAUAAACAAAACUGAUUUCGUUAGUGGCGCUCCGCUAACUGAAGCUGUAUUUGCUUACAUGUAUGCUGGUGCUCGCGCAACGUAUGGCUUUGAAAACGGAAAAGUUUGCUAUGAAGUGAAGGUUACGGAAAAUUUAGCAGUUUCUUAUCUAGAAGAAUCAGAGCCCAAUCGCCACAUUGUUUGUGUUGGAUGGUCGGUCGACUCUACUUCUUAUCAAUUGGGCGAAGAUCCAUUUUCUUACGGCUAUGGAGGUACGGCAAAAAUAUCUCAGAACUGUGAAUUCAAAGACUACGGGGUGCCUUUCAAAUUGAACGACGUGGUUGGUGUUUAUCUGAAGAAAAAGAAUCAAGGCGUAGCAUUCUCUCUGCCCCGAGAGGAAUUGAAUGGCCGAGCACUGUUCCCCCACAUCUUGACCAAAAGUUGUCGAUUUGAAGUUAAUUUUGGCCAAAAAGAAGAACCUUGGUUCCCACCUACGGAAGGCUACAAGUGGGCUAGCAAAAUUCCAGUCGAAAAACGUAUCCGAGGAGCUUUCAGACCUGCUACUAGGGCUGAUUGUCAGAUAAUCGCAAUGUGUGGUCUACCCUAUGCCGGGAAAACAACUUUUGCCAACAAAUUCUCUGCUGAAAAUCCCGAUCUAAAAAUCAAUAUUUUGGGCACGAAUGCAUUACUCGUUAAAAUGAAGGUAAAUGGAUUACCUCGUCGGAAAAACUACACUGGAAAAAAGUUUUACCCAUUUUUCGAUAAGUGCAUUCACUGUCUGAAUAUCUUGAUCAGAAUUGCUGCCAGACGGCGUAGGAACUAUAUCCUUGAUCUAACAAACAUCUACCUUGUAGCACUGAAGAAGAAAAUGAAUAAUUUUUCUGGAUUCAAACGCAAAGCAGUUGUAAUUGUUCCAACAGAAGAAGAGGCGAAAGUUCGCGAAAACAAGAAAAUCCAAGAAGAGGGUAGAGAUGAACCUGACUCUGUCGUCUUACAAAUGAAGGCAGAUUUCAAAAUUCCAUCAGUUGACAAAACGUUUUCUGAAGUAGAAUUUCCUGAAUUGGAAAAGGAAGAGGCACUUAAAGUGAUUGCAAAGUACUGUACCGAAGCAAAGGCUACUAAAUACGGUUUGCUUUUACCGAAAGUAGAACAACAAAAUCUAGAGACUGGCAAAAACAUGAUCGACAGCAGUUCUGCAAGCAAUUCGAUAGGACAAACACCUCCAUUACCUAGAAAUGAUCCUGACCCUCCCCAUUGUCCGGUACCUCGAAAAAAGAAGCAGAAGUAA